AUGAGCGUCACCAUCGUGAGCCUCGGGGCAUUCGCGGGGUGCGUGAAGAUGGGGUGUCACAGUCUUCACGCAAUCGUGCGUCUCGACGUGAUACCAAAAGGCCUCGCCACGGAACUGUGGUCAUCCAUUUUCACCAUGGCUGAUCGGGACAGCGCGUGCAACCUUGCUUCAUCCUGUCGAACCCUUCGAAGCAUUUCACAAAAUACCCUGUUCGACAAGAUCAUUGUAAGGCGACAUGAGCAACGGUGCAGCCGCGCUCUCGUACCCAUCUUGCGGCAUGCACGCGUUAUUUGUCUUUUCGAUCUUCGAACAUCCCUGGACGCCACAUUAUUCACCUCUCAGCUCCCUCGACUGAGGUCCCUGGUCUAUGGGGUCGACACUGAAAGAGAGUACCAUGACAUAACAAUCGUCAACCUGGUGCUUCAGUCCUGGCUGCGCGCGGCUACUUCGCUGAAGCGUCUCGAGUUGGCCGUCAAUCUUCCGGAGGCCAGCGACCUGUUGAACGCACUCAUCCUAGCCCCGGAGUUGCGCGUCCUUAUCAUGCAUGAUGAAUAUCUCUACGGGACGCACCUCAACGGCAGUGCUCCGGCAUCACUCAGUCUGCCUCACCUUGAGCGGAUAGUCUUCGCGCGCGACAUUAACCCUGCUCUCUUGGACAACAUUCUGUCCGCCGACGACCCCUUUCCGGCAUUAAAGACCCUAUAUGUUCCGGACUGGUCACUCCCACUGAUAUGCUCCCUCGGAUGCUUAUUGUACAAAACGAAGAAUACGUUGACGCGCUUGCACCUUGAUAUAGAUGCAGUGUCCAAGGUCACUGCUGCCGUCGUUAUCUUGCGAGAAACGAAUCGAAGCAUCCUCCCCUACCUUUCGUGUGUCCGGAUCUAUGUUGGCCAACCCAAGGAUCGUUCGGAACAUCUCACCGCCAUCGACAAGUUCAUGCGCGGCUUCAUAGUUGCGGUCGGGGCACCCGUACGCCAUCUUGAGCUGUGCGUUAGAGUCUCGGUUGUGGUCACCAGGACUCUGCUCGUCGCUGCUUGCCAUCGCGAAGAUGAUGAGUGGCAAGAUGUGCACGGACUUGAUGAGUUCUUGUGCAGGGACUUCUGGGCGCGUUUCCAACAAGAGGCUCUGCCUCGGGGGUGCGCGGUCGAGGUCAUGCUUUGGCUUUGCGAGCUACUGAAGCCGGACACGGUUGCGGUAGGUCCGCACCGUGACUGGCAGGUAGGACUUGCCCAGCUGGUCACGUCUCGCUUGAACGAAUAUGCUGGCAUCUCUGUAUUGACCUCAUUUGUCACUGAUGCAUACGAUUUUAAUGGCGCCAAUCAGGAAGACGACCUCGAUACAGCGGAGGAAGAACAGUUUUACGACGAUAUAUGCGUUACGGAGUACUUCCCAAGCGUGCGUUAUCGCCACAUUGCAGUUGGCUGA